AUGGCCACACUCCUAGAGGCGCAGCCACUUGAAAGAAUGAAGAUCGAACGGACAUUCCUCGUCAGAGUCGUAUUCUGCAUAUUGGAGAAUGACCUGUUGUGGAUCCUCGCGGUAAUUAGCACCUUCGCAGCCGGUACACUUCAGAGCAGCGUGUCGACAUUGCCGACAAGUGCAGUGGAUUCCUUUCCCUCGCUGCAGAGUUUCAUCAGCUACUCAGACCACCUGGAUCCAGACAAGGAGCUCCUCUGCCCGUGCUCUGCAAGCCCACGGCAGCGGAAUGUUCUGCAGGAGCUGGAGCGCAUUCAGUGGCUUCGAGACGGCAUGGCACCGGAAGAGGCCAGCCCUGCGCAGCAAACACACAAGGCCUCUGUACCCGAAGCUUCUCGGUCCUCACACUUCCUGGCAUGGGCCCAGACAUGCCCAGACUGGUUUGAUCCAUGA